GUGCCUUGUCAGCGGCUUUACUUCGCAACUGAAUCUUGUCCGACUACACUUUGUUGAAAGUGACUAUGGUGGACAAGAGAUUGUCGAUAGUUGACCCAUCGGGUUCGGGCACAAUCGAUGAUGAUGUGUUUUUCGCAUUAACCCUCCUGACAGGUUGUGUCGGCUCUGGAGGGGUCGGAAUAUCGUCAUCGUCGGCACUCAUCAACGCAAAGGUCCAACGAGCGUCAGACGCUCUAGGGCUACUAAAUUCCCUAGACUCCGACGUCUUGGUCCGUUUGGUUUGGGAUAGCUCGUUCGGCACUGGAGCCCAUUUCAAGUGCCAAGUCAAUGUCUUCCACGCUUUCAAUUGGACUGGGGGAGUUACGAGACUUAAGCACUUCGUCCGUUUCGCCUCUGUUCGCCGUCCGCCUGCCAGGGAGAGCCAGCAGCCGCAGCAACCGUCAAGAACCUUCGCCGCUGUCGUCGCCGUCGACGCUAGGGAUUCCGACCGACGUCCUCGCCUCGUCCCUCCGUCACGCGCAGCAGGCCGGCGAAACCAGGGAAGAGUUGCAGUGGCGAAUUCACUCCGAUUCAAGUUCAAUUCGUCGUUUUUCGAGGGAGGAACACAGAAUUUGAUGGGCAACCCGGAGGGCAGUGAAGUAGUGGCGGCGUGGAUGGCUCUUGUUUACUUUAUAACAACCCGUUGGUUCGGGUUACACGGGUUGGGGUGUUACACCAUGACUGCUCCAUUUGCAGUCCCCAUCCUAUCUGUCGGGCCAAUGGUCACGUUUCCCCAGAGCAUGACCCAGUUUCUGAAUGACCCGGCUAAUUUGCAAGCAAUUCAGGGCUUUGGCCAAGUUAUGGCCAUGUGCCAACAAAAUGGAAGAAUGUCAUUUCUCCCUGGAAUGUUCCCUUUCGCUCCACCAAGCAUGGGAACCUUACCAUUUCAAACCCCGAUGGAGGCGAAGGGAGGGAGGUCGAGCCUGCUUGUACCCAACGCACCCGGUCAAACUGGCCAGAACCUGCAAAAUCACGGGUUUUGCACCGAGAAGAAGAAGCUGAGAGCCAGCCACAUGAACCGGGAACUGUACAAAGAAUUCUACAGGAGACCCCCGGCCACAUACCAAAAGGCCUACCACACGACAUGGGAGUUCGUUGAAGCCGAGACCCAGAUGAUUGAGAGUGGAGAGCUGGGCAAGGAGUUCCUGCAAAAGGCCAAGGAAAAGAACCCCCAGUGGAUGAGGUCGGAAGCCCAGGGAAAUGACCAGGAGAAUGACCGGGCAUUAAUGACCGGAAAUGUCUGGGGAGAUCAAAGAAACGCCCGGGAGUGCUAUGCCCGGGCGGUGAAGAAAAUGAUGAAGGGUGUCUAUGUCAUCUCCCAGGAGAUUAGGAAGGGAGAAACCCGGGAAAAAAUUGAACCCAAAGCUGAAACUGUGGAGAUCAAACUCCACCCGGGUGACCCUUCAAGGAUGGUUAGAAUUGGUGCAAACCUGCUACACAACCUAAAGGAGGAAAUAACCCGGGUCCUCCAGGAGUACGCGGGCAUAUUCACUUGGAGCGUAAUGGAUAUGCCGGCAAUCGAUCGCUCAAUCAUCUGUCACCGGCUAGAGAUGAGAGAAGGAUCACGACUGGAUCAUGGCAUACUUGCAUACCGUGAGAAGAGGUCAGGCCUAGUGCCUCUCUUCCGCGGGCCCGUCGAGGAGCCUCCGGGAUCCACCGAUUUCAUCAUGAGGGCUUGUGAGUACGAGAUGUUCAGGAUGAAACCAGGCGAGAAGAUUGACGACAUGUUCAAUCGCUUCUCGAAGAUCAUCAAUGAUCUUCACGCCCUAAAGAAGACGUAUGCCAACAAGGACCUCGUGAGGAAAAUCCUGCGGAGCCUCACCCCCGAAUGGAGAUCAAAGGCCGACGCCAUCUAUGAAUCCAUUGGAGUCUCCAACGUAACCAUCAACGGAUUAAGAGGUAACCUUAAAACUUAUGAAUCUACAAUUCUAACCCCGUCUUUGGAUGAACAAAAGAAUAAAGGGAUAGCGCUCAAAGUGUAACACCCUAAUCCGUCCAGGUUUACAACCCCUUCCGAACUAAAGUAUUAACUUGGUAAUCGUAUAAUUUAAAACAUUUCAAAUAACUUUAUUCAUCAUAAAUGAAAUUCCAAACAUAAUUGUAGUAAAUACGGAGUGUUUAA